AUGAGAAGAAAGCAGUUACUUAACGUGGGGACUGCUGUAACAGCAGACGUGCGAUAUUGCUGGUUAAUAGAAACCAACAAACAAAACGCGCCAGGGUCACUCGUCAAACGUUUCGGCAGCGGCCCCGGCGCUGUCUCGGCGGCGGCCGACAAGGUGCGGGAAGAGUUGCGUUGGUUCCGCGGUGUGCGGCGCCUCCGCUCCGUGUCCGGGCAGCCGCCGGCACCUCGCCCGUGUGCCCGGCCCGGGCCGGCGGAGGCCUCGGGCUUGUGCCUGGGGCUGUGCCGGACGCUGCUGCGCUUUCAUUUCUUCCUGGCAUGCUCGGAGCCGUGGUCCUGGAAGGAAAAGAACGGUCCCGUGCCGCCCCAAGCCCGGCCCGGCCGCGCUGCGACGGGGCCCGAGCCCCAUGCGGAGCCUCUCUCUUUCCUCGCCGGGCCCGUGGGCCUCGCUUCUAACCCUGCCUGGGCCUCGCUUCUAACCCUGCCCGUCCCCGCCGGCAGGGCCCUGACCGGGCCCGGGGCUCAGCACAGGAUGGGGCUGGCGGGGCGGCCCCGCUCAGUGCGGGCCCGGCUCGCAGCGGGUCCCGCUCAGCCCCCGGCCUGGCCAGGCCUGCGGUGCCGCGGCAGCGGCGGGGACGCGCUGUUCGCCUCACGGGCUGCGCCGUUCGCCUCACGGGCCCCACGGGCAGCUCUCUGCCCAAACCAGCGCUGCCGGGGUGAAGCCGGAGGGGAGGGCGCUGCGAGCGUUGAUGGGCCCGAGGGGCUCCGCUCCGGGCGGACAGAGAGGCACAAGGGGCGCGGAAAGCGGGGUCACGGCGAGGCGGCCGUGUGGUACCGGGAAGCACGGAGAGAGCCUGGCCUCCGCACGAACACCGCUGGGAACCGCGGGGAGAGCCCGGCCGCCGUGGCUGGCUGCGCUCGCCGGGCGCUGUCGGGCAGCGGCCCGAGGCAGGGCUGGUCCUGCCGGGCUCAGCCCGGCCUCUGCCACUGCCGGGGACGGCCGGGCCUCCCGUGCAUGCCACCGGCCUGGGGAGGGGGUGCCCAUCAUCUCCCGGGGUGCUGGUGCUCGCCUCGGCAGCGGGCACGGCCCCCGGGGAACCGCUACCGAGCGGCCAGGCACCGGGCCCGAGUGUCCCGGAGGAGCUGUGCCUCCCCGCUGGGCAGCCCGGGGGAUGUGCAGGGACCGAGUGUCCCGGACAGCGGCACUCGGGACGGCAGGGGCUGA